UUUCAGAUUCCAGUUCGCUCCCUGUUUUGGCCGGCCGGCUGUGUUGCACCGCUCCAUAACAUAACGGGUAAAAAACAUGCGCUGCGGCCGGCCACUUCACCACGCAUCUUCAAAUGUUUUGUGUGAUCUUCUUCGCGCUCUCUCUCUCUCUCUCUCUCUCUCUCUCUCUCUCUCUCUCUCUCUCUCUCUCUCUAUCUCUCCCUUUGGCCUGUUGCGCAGUAACUGAAGCAGGCAGAGCUGGCUUGGAGAACAGCCUAAAAUCAACGCAUCGAUAAGCGAAUCCCCGUGAAGACAUCAAGCAGGCUUUGGGCAGUGCAACAGUGGAUGGCCGUACUAGGACAACCAAAGGCUAAUAACGAAGAGACACCGUUAAUUCGUGACUGUCGCGAUGUUGGUGCAUAUGGUUAAAAACAAUUCUAUCCAUUUAUGCUGGCGUGUUCAGUGUUAGAGUGAGUGUGUGUGUGUGUGUGUGGGUCCCGAAGAUGAACCCCGCUUACGGUUCAAGACGGCAAGCAAGCACCCGUCGUAGAUGCUGGUAGACUGGUAUACGAAUGUGAGUAGAUUUGUUUUUCGAGAAACUCCAUUGGAGAAUCGUGCAACAGUGUGUGUGUUUGGUUUGCGGUGAGGAGUGUGUAAAUGGUUACUCCAUGGCGCCAUGACCUGCUCAGUUCGUGAGUCAUUUGUCAACGAUGUCAUCGUGAUCAUCAUUUUCCAUCAUCCGCAUCGUGGCACCGCAACGAAGAUGUCUCUGUAAAGCACACUACGUUACGAGAAGGUCUCGAAAGGUUAGACUGAAGUGAAGGGUCGUUUACUGGUUCUUCAAUAGAUCAGGAUCAUCAUGCCAGCCAACAACCGAUAAAUUAUUUCCCAUAUCUUUCCAAAAUGUGACGAAUGGUUUGCUCUGGACGGUCUGUUAGAUUUCACCAACACAGCAACCCAGCGCCGACCGCGGAGAAACACAUUUGCGCAUAGUUCACGAAGCGUUUUUGCGGCCCUGUUCAGCCCAUGCCCGCGCAGCCCCGUUUGUUGGUGUCUCUAUGCUUUAGUUCGCUGCUACUGCCAUGUCCGGCUAUUAUGCUACGAGCUUUCCAGGUCACUGCAACACAACAACCACCACAGUCUAUGACCUCAUUCUUCUGGACCGGACCGUACGUGCGUUCGUGCUGCCCACGGGUUGGGAGAAAAACAGUGGUGCCCGCGCACACAGUUAGCUGGAAGUUGGUCGAUGUAUUUCGCCAACGGGCGAAUAUUGCCGCUUUUAGAGCAGCAGCGUUCGUCAAUUGGACUUAUUGGUUGGCCUGUAGUGGAAUAGUCAUUCCUAUUUAUGCCGGCAUCGGUUUAAUCGGGAAUUCGAAAACACACAAAAACAUAAAAACCAAACAUAUUGCGAAUCAAGAGUACAACAAUUUAUCAUCAAUCUUUCCCGCGGAUAUCUGAACUAUUAUCUUGAAUAAACAAUUAUUCACUUUUGACCAAUGCACACUUUUGAUCAAAUUAUCAGAAGUCAAAUAAAAUGAAAACGAAAAAGCUCAUCGAGUUUUUUGAUAUGAGCAAUAAUUGUAGUUGUUGAAACGUUCUCUAGCAAACCAGACAUUCCAAGGUAUAUUCACAAAACGAGCGUUAAAAGAUAAAACGCAGCCACUCUCAACAUGAAAGCUGUGUUAGUGUAGGUGAUGUGAAUGCCAAAAUUGGAAGGCUGUGGCGAUUUUAUUAUGCUAUUAACAAGAUCUAAUUUGUUGUUGGCCGAUGAAGAGAAUAUGUGAUGUGAAUAUACUGAAGAUUAAUAAUUUCCCCGUUGUUUUGAUCAAUGUACCAGAACCAUGCUUUGGUUUGUUGCACAAUUCACGCUAAUUAUUUUAGAUUGGUGUAGUGGUAACAAUGUCCAUAUGGAAGAUGUAAUAGAAAAAAUAGCUGUACGAAAACAAGCGAGUAACCUUGUCGAUCUGCAUCAAUCGACUAGUCAUUUCCAUAACUUCCACGAGACAACAGUUCCAGCUGGCCGAAAACGAUUGACAAGAUCUUCUUGCAGUGAACAAUGCAAUAGCAUUGUUAGCGGAAUCGAAACAGAAAGCGCGUCAAGUGAUACAUAUAUCGGUGUUAGGGAUCUUGGUGAUAAUUGUAAUCCGUGCUUCCUCGAAUGUGAUAGCUACAAGCCGAUGCUGAAGGAAGAGCAGCCAGUUGGUACGCCGGUACUACGUGUGAUUGCAAUUGAUCUAAACCCCCGGCAAACGAUCGAGUACAGCCUCGUGACAACACCCGGUGAACAGGCACGCUUUCGGAUCGAUAAGAGCACGGGAGACAUCACGACCGCUCACAUCUUCGAUCGAGAUGAGCCGAUCCGCGAGAAGGAGAUCUACAUCACGGUUCGUGCGACCGAUAAUGGACGACCUCGGUUGGACGAUGUGUGCAUAUUCAAGGUGACGAUUCUCGACAUCAACGACAAUCCGCCCGUGUUCGAUAAAGUGCGCUACGAAGAGUCGGUGACGAAAGACAUGAAGGCGAACCUGCGAGUUGCUACCAUCUCGGCGACGGAUAUGGACGACGGUGAUAACAGUAUCAUCAAGUACGAAAUCGUGCAGCAGAACCCAGACAGUAGCUACUUCAAGAUUAACGAGAACAACGGCCUCCUUACGCUUACGAAACCGGUCGAUCGUAGCCCCGGGCAGUACUAUUCCAUCCGCGUGCGAGCGUACAAUGUCGAUCCACAGGGUGAGGCCGUGCAGGAUGCGGAGGUGGAUGUUAAGGUACGCGUCGUGGAGUCCAACAAGCUGCCCCCAUACUUCACCAAGGUGCAAGCGGCUGCACUGGUGUUGAACGAGACAUUCAAAAACUACACCGAAUCGUUGGCAGAGUUCGAGGCAGAGUCCAACAUCCCCGAGAAACCGGAAGUAAUCUUCGAACUGAUCCAAGGUCGUGCUGAGCAGACGAACUCGAAAAAUACAUUCCUGCUGGAGCAGAUAAACAAUACUGCUUCGAUCAAGUUGGGAAAGACACUCGAUUAUGAAACUGUGACGGAGUACACGCUGACAGUGAGCGUCAAAAAUUCGUACAAUAAUGUGGUGGAAACUGUGCUGAAGAUUAAGGUACUGGACGAGAACGACAUUAUUCCAGUGUUUACGGAAGUGACAUCGGGUACGAUACCGGAAAAUGAGCCACCUGGAACUCCCGUGAUGCAGGUGCGAGCAUACGAUCUGGACGGCACACCGGCCAACAACAUCGUGUCGUAUCGAAUCGAAGACAAAAACCAGCAAUUAUUCCACAUUGACAGUCGAACGGGAAGUAUCACGUCGCGGGUGGAGUUCGAUCGAGAAGCAACAGAUUCUUAUCAUUUGAAAAUCAUCGCAGAAGACAACUCUCCGUCGGCGCUGUAUAGCAACGGCAAACCAAAUAGUUGUUCUCAGCUGUUCACCAUUAAAAUAUCGGACAAAAACGAUCAUCAGCCGAAGUUCGUGAAAGGUCUCCUGGUCACUGAGGAAGUAUCAGAGGACUCGGACAUCAAUAUGACUCUGAUUGAAGUGAAGGCGCUGGAUCAAGACACGGCCUCUCUCAUAACGUAUAGCAUCAUCGAGGGGAAUGUGGGUGAUGCGUUCAAGAUCGAUGAACAUACUGGUCGUAUCUCGAUCAACAACUGGCUGGAUUACGAGACGGUACGUGAGUACAAGCUGAUCGUUCAGGUUGAUGAUGGGAUCUUCCAGGACAACGCGACAGUCUCUAUCAAAGUAAAAAAUGUCAACGAUAACCCACCACGCUUCACCGGUAUUCGUAAUGUAACGAUACAAGAAGAAACGAUCCCAUCCGGGUGUAUAAUGACCGUUCAGGCGUAUGAUCCGGACAUCGAGAAUCGAACCGAUCCGCAGCUCAUUCGAUUCUUUUACGUUGUAGAAUACGAUGAUGUUAUAGAGAUCGACGAUGGUGGAUGCUUACGGCUCAAGCGAGUGCUCGAUCGUGAUCCUCCGCUAGGCUUCAAGCGCUGGCAGUUUAUUAUCACCGCGACGGAUGAGGAUGGUGCGGGCAAGACAACGCCAGCCACUGUGAUCAUAUCUUUGGAAGAUAUCAACGACAAUGCACCACGGCUAUCGAAUGCAAUGCCAGUCGUUUGGGGCGAAAACAGGCCGCCAGGUUUGAUUGUAAAACUGACAGCAGAGGACGCGGACGAGGCUCAGAACGGUCCACCGUUCCAUUUCAGUAUUGACCCGAAUGCUCCGUAUGAGAUUAAGGAACGGUUCCAAGUGCAAAACGACGAGCUGUACGCGUUGGUUGAGUUCGAUCGAGAGGAGCAAAGGGAGUACCGAGUUCCAAUCCGCAUUAGCGAUUCUGGCGAAGAACCCAUGAGUGACGUCAGUAUCUUGCAGCUGGUGAUUGGAGAUGACAACGACAAUGAGAUGAGACCAGGCGAAAGUCGCAUCUUCGUGUACAACUACAAAGGAGAAUCACCCAACACGGAAGUUGGACGCGUGUACGUGGACGAUCCGGACGACUGGGACCUUCCAGAUAAGACGUUCAUGUGGGAUGAUGCUACCCGUCAUCAGUCGGUGGAAUUUUUCGACCUAAACAGGGACACUGGUAUGAUCACCAUGCUUCAAGGUACACGUGGAGGAGAUUAUGAACUGAACUUCCACGUGAUUGAGCAGUCCAGUCAUUUCCCGCGCCAUAAUGUCACAGCCAAAGUGACAGUAACGGUGAAAGAGAUCCCAGAGGAAGCCGUUGAUAAGAGUGGAUCGAUCCGAUUCCAUAACGUAACUGCGGAAGAGUUCGUAUCGCGCACACCUGGUCAGCUCACAACGCCCAAAGAUCGGCUGCAGGCGAGCAUUGCAAACACGCUCAACGUUAGCCGAGAGAACGUGGAUGUGUUCACCGUGUUGAAGCGCGACAAUGUUAACGGUACCUUCCUGGACGUUCGGUUCUCGGCCCAUGGCAGUCCUUAUUACGCACCUGAACGUCUCAACGGAAUGAUGGGCUAUCGGCUCCGUCAGUUGGAAGAGGACGUAGGCUUUUCGGUGCUUAUGGUGGGCAUUGACGAGUGUAUCGAAGAAGGUCGCAACUGUGAGCUAUCGUGCAAGAAUACGCUCUACAAAUCGAACGUCCCUAUCGCGGUAUACACCAACACCAGCUCGUUUGUGGGUGUGAAUGCCUUCGUACAAGCAGAGUGUGUGUGUGAGGCUCCUUCACCGUCGCUCACAUGUCUCAAUGGAGGUUUCUUGGUGAACGAUCGCUGCUCCUGUCCCGAGGGCUUUGAAGGUCCUCACUGUGAGAUGCUGGGCAUUGGGUUCUAUGGCAGUGGAUAUGCGCUUUAUCCUCCGAUCAGUCCUUGCAAUAUGACGCGAAUAAGUGUAGAACUGUCACCGCAGCAGGAAGAUGGCUUGGUGAUGUACUUUGGUCCACUGAACUAUAAUCCUCGUCUGCCUGUGCAGGACUUCUUGGCGUUGGAGCUCGUGAAGGGACUCCCUGUGUUGCUGCUCGACUACGGAAGUGGUACCAUUCGUAUCGAACAUCGGUAUCGAUUCCCCCAGGGCAAACCUUUCACCGUAGAGAUCGUGCUUCAACCGCAAACAAUCGAGAUGAUCGUCGACAACUGCAAGCUGUCCACGUGCAUGAGUCUGGAUGCGCCAAAGGGACCCAACCGAUUCCUAAACGUGAACGCUCCACUGCAACUCGGAGGAGCUGCCGUCAACCUAGACUACCUCGGAUCGCUGUUCAACUGGACGUACGUGCCACAGGACAAGGGUUUCAGUGGCUGCCUGCGCAAUCUCACCAUCAACGAGCGCACGUACGAUCUCAGAGCGCCAAUCGUAGCAAAAUAUAGUUCACGAACUUCUGCCAUGAUAUUUGGUAAUUAUUAUAUACUUCUGAUAGUGCUAAUCCUGAUGAGUACGUUACUUUUACUAAUAACACGACACUUUCACAAGAAGUACCAGGAAAAGAAAAAGGUGAAGAACACUUACCACACCUAUGCCACGAUUGAUGAAAACAAACCUAGUGAGCAUUACUCAUCUUUGGAACUGUUACAAUUGCCUCAUAUCUACCAGGAUGUUGUGUACACUGUGGAAACGUUACGAAUUGAAUCUUCCACCGAUAACAACAGACUUGCGUUGAACAAACACAUUUACGAGACAAUCGAUGAAGAAGAUGAAAGUGAUAGCGUGUCAUAUCAUCCUUCGCGCGUUCAUCGGCAAUUCUCGACCAGUCUUCCGAUGAUUACUUCGCAAGGAAACCUGCAACAGGAUGCAAAGAAGCUAAAUCAUUACAGCAAUGUACCUUUGUCUGUGGAUGAUUUGCGAUGUGCUGGUGACGGUAGGAGCAUCAGUUCUGUAUCUAGUAGCUCGGAAAGUCUCACUUCGAAUCGUUCGAUAUUAAACAACAACUCUACUAUCUGUAAUGCUGCAUAUUUCGAUGGACGGAUACAAGAUGGAUAGUGUUAAUUGUACUUAAGUAAUAAAUGUGCUAAUUGCUUUACUGAUUUGGAUGUAUAUUAAAUAGUUCGCAAUGCAAUGUUAGCAUUAGUUCUCAAUACUGACCACACCCGUACGUGUAAACUCCGUAUUUUUAGCUUUAACUGUUGCUCGAUUGAUGACACAAUAUAAACAUCACAGGAAAUGGCCAAUAAUACAUAGGAAAUGAGUAAGACAGCCAAUAGCAUUCCGCAGUUGGAGAAGUGUUUCAUGGAAAAUUGAAAGCCCUUGAUAAGUAGUAGUUCCUUUCGGUGAGACUUUCUAAAAAAAAGCGGAUUUAUACACGACGUGGCUUUUGUGCGCAGUGAAAACAUUUACCAUUGCGGAUAAACACGUUUCAUUGCACUACUCUGUUGACAGUGACUCACUAAGGCAAAUUCUCUUUUCGCUAGCCACGAUGCGAUGAUAAACAAGCUGACACGAAAACUUCCGCCACAAAAUAGUCGUCCGGUGCAGGAAAGAAUUAACUACACAAUUGAAAGCAUAACAUCGGGGCGAAAGUUUUGAGCUUGCCAUCCACUUGAGGCCGUUUCAUCGUUCAGUGAAACGGCUUGACUCAUGGAGUGUAGAACGAACGCAGCAUAUCGCAAGAGAACAAGAUCGCACUUUAGCAAGAGAUAUUCACAAGCAUUCCGGUAACGAAAACGAAUGCCUUACGAUUGCUGACUUGGGGUUUGGGUUUGUUUGAAUCUCGUUCUACGGCGUGAUUAGGUUGUAAGCGCUUGAAAUGUAUCGGUGUCAAUAGGUCCAUGUUCAAGAGAUCGAAACAUUAACCAGAUGCGCAGCAAAAAACUGGACAAGAAUCGACUGAAACAGACGAGAAGCGUCCGAAGCGUAGGUACUUGAGCUUUGGUUUAUACAAUCGGGGAAUUGUUUGGAUUCAGUUUGGAACUGAAUGAAAUAAUGUAUAGAGAGACUUUUUCUGAUAAAAUAUGCAAAAAAAAAAUCUUUUUGUAGUUUGAUUUUGCAUGAUGUAUGCUUUGUUUUGGACACUGUUUGUUAUUGUUACGGUCAUGUAUUUAGUCUUAGAUGUUGUUGAGUGUGUCAGCACAAACAGUAACUCAACUUAGUGUCAACAUAAAUUGAAACAAUAUUGCGUUUCAAAUCCCCUGCUCUCAAGUAGCUUCAACAAUUUGAAACAAAACCGGUACAUGUACACCAAAGUGGACAGCUCCAAACCAAACCAAAUGAGAUGCUGAAUGUCAACCCGACCGACCAGGCGAAAAGGGUGGUUCCAAUAUCGUAUGACAGAGCCCGAGCUUGAACUUAACCAUCAUGAACGCUCAAUCGCGUAACCGCUGUUUGUUCGCUGCAGAACAAAUCGUACACACUGUACCGCCACGGGUACGGGUGUUGGGUUUCCGCUAACAAAAACCACAGCCUCCGGAGGGAACUAUUGGUCCGUAAUUAUUUGUUUGUGUAUGCUUGGAUUGAGCACCAAUCGUAGCUGCCAGUUAUGACCAGCUUGAACGUUUGUAAAAGCAGUCGGGCUCAAUUUCAUACGUUUCAUGGUUGUGGAUCGUGUUUAUUUACGAAGCUUGAGUUGGUCGCUUACGAAAACUAGAUCAACAAACGAUCAUGUAAAUUUGGUUUUUUUUUGUUGUAUAGUAAAAGAUUGCUAUUUUACAUGCAAAACAACUCGAGCAUAGGAGAUCGAUGCGCUUAAAACAGGGUGUAGAGCUCAACUUUGCUACCACACCGGCGAACACUUCUGGAAAGCAAAUCUGUGGUACACUUUCGCUCGUCGCCUGCCCAAUUGAUCGUCUCGUUUCGCCCGAUCGCGAAAGAACCGAAUGCGCGGUAUGACACGGCCAUUGUGCAUACCCGUGGGACGCCGUAGUUGAAAUUGAAAUGUUGCGUGUUGCUUUGUUGUGGUUGCUCAUGGGAGCAUGGUAAAAGUGGAGCAGACACAUUCACGAGAUGACGACGUGUCUGGCGAACAAAAAAGCAUUAGCGUGCGUUUGCACGGUGGGGUGUUUAAACACCCGUGGCAGGGGAAAAAUAUCGUUGCAUUGAUUGCCGCGAUCGAUCGAACUCGAAACUCACAACAGUGCGUGUUUAAUGGCAGAGCAACUGCAUGGAAUUGGUUGAUUGAUGGUAGUCUUUUUUUUCGGUAGGGGUAUUAUCUCUCCAUCUCACUUUUUGUUUACUUUCAUUCCAUUCGACUUCCGUUGGAGUUGAACAUUUGUUUGAAUUUUUCACACCUUUCUCCUUCCUUUUUUCUCCACCCCGAGUCGGGCACUGGAGGGGCCGGAAACGGCAUGUCCACGGUUCGCUUUGAUUGUGCGCAGAUUCGUUUAAAAAGUGAAACCAUUACACAUUUCAACACCUGAAACAUUCUCAAAAAAGCGUUCAUGAACAUGAAAACUGUCGAAGAUUGAUGCUGGAAAAACGAAUCACGCGUCUUCUCCGUCGAUGCCCUGCGAUCUUCAUUAGUUGGGUUCCAUUAAGGGGCUUCGAAACGAAUGGAAUUGGGCGAACGAACGGCCUGUCUCAUCAAUGAAUCGGAAGAUCUUCAAAGAGAAUGAAACAGUGCCGGUUUUUCCAAGAAUUCUGGGGGUUCGUCGUUUACCAGUUCACCCUUUUUUUAUUUUGUCGUUCCGGUUUGAAGCAGGAGACGAUCAACGAUUACCGAUCGACACACGGAACGAGAGAGGGUGACUCAUCUUCAUUCACAAGCGCCCAAGAUGGGGUGAGAAGAAGGAGCUUGACUGUAGGUAGCGGGAAACACCCUUCGUCCAACAUGUCCACGAUAGAUUCCAGCGGUAUGCAGAUGAGUAAUGGCGAUCGUAUACGGCCAUCACCAAUACACACACACACACACAAGCGCGGACGGGUGACUUCCAAUUGAGCUGUGGCUAUUCCACGUCGCCGGGGAGGGUUGGUUCAAUCCCCAACCCCGUUAGCUUAGUUAGUGUUGGUGCCACCUUGUCGCGGUCACAGAUUUAAAUGGCAAAAGCGAUUGAUUCGGCCGUGUUUGUGGUGGUCCCAAUCCCCCCACCAGACGAUCUCCGAGCAGGGGCUUAAUGAAUCUUUCUUUGCGAUCGUGUGUGCAAGGGAAGGCAGAUCCUACUCCAACCCUACUCCAGAUGCGGGGAAGGAACGAAGGCGGCAAAAAUGCAACAUUCCUCUGAGCCAGCGCAUUCCCUGACGGCGGCGUCGGACUGCUGGAGCUGAAACUCAAGGGCACACGGGCGAAGGUGACGGGCAACAGCGGAAGGUUUCCCCCUACUCCCGCGGGCCCAAGAUACGAAACGAGUUUGUUUGCUGUCGUGUGCAGCUUUUCUGACUGCGGCGCUGGCUGGCUGGCUUUGUGGCGCGGACUAUACAGGGUCCGGCUGCGCUUUGUUCCGUUGGAAUCUUGGUAAAGCGAAG